CAACCAUUUUGUCGAAAACAUUUCGGGCCGGUCGGAUGAAAAUGGAAAAAUAGCAAAAACACACAUCGAUGUUUUGAAACAGCAUUUCGGUGUUUGCGGACGGACCUGGAUAUUUUAGGAAACGGUGUUUACGGCAAAAAUUCGGAAAUUUUUGUUGAAAUUUCGGGCCGGUCGGAUGGAAAAAUAGUGAAAAUCGAUGUUUUAAAAACAGUCAUUUCGAUCGGUGUUUGCGGACGGACCUUGGAAACGGUGUUUUACGGAUGUUUUUCGUCAACGGGCGCGUGUGUGAGCGUGUGUGGCCAAAGGAGAAAUUGUAAAAAACCGGUUCCCGCACUUCUUGCAAUUGCUGCGCCUGCAUUUUCCCAAAAAUCCAACACAAAAAUAAUACAAAUAGGAAGAGUAAUAAAAAUAAAGGAAAGAGGAGAAGGAAGUAAAUAAAAUCGAGAAUCGCUUGCUACAUCGUCCGAAUUUGGCUUGUGUUUCUUCCGUUUGCGUCUUUGGUUCUCCCCGUUUGUUGUUGCCCCGUUUCGUUUAUUACUUUUUUUUGUUGGCUUCGAUUGGAAGGAUAAACCAUUUUCUGCGGGAACAAAGCCUCCCGAUCGCUGCAUUUUUUUUCCUGUGCCCAAAACGAGGGAAAUUCGCCGAGAAAAAAGUGAGCCAGUGCACAAGAAUAAAGGCAAAGCGAAGAAUCAAAGCUACGAAUUAAGAGUCAGUGCCAAAACCGAGGAAAGUAAAGUGAGAAAUACGAGAAACAAAACAAAAGUUGCAAAGUUUACCGAAAAAAUUCCUGCCGAACACAAAAUACGAGAAAGCGCAAAAAGCGAGGAGGAAAAAAAGCAUAACUUUUGGGUAACUUUGGCAACUUGGGGCGGCGCAUCUGUUGGAUGCAGGGCAUAAUAAAGUCCAGCUACGGACUUUGGACCAGGUGGAAAAACAAAGGUAGCAGUAGCAGCGGCAAGCCGGAGUAAUUGAACGAAGAACAACAACUGGGAGAGCAUAAAACAUAAACAGACAGCUGACCAGAAGAACGCGAAACAAUGGGCACCUUGAGACCUUGUCUAGACGAAAGAGUCUGAAAGAGUCUAGGGACUGGACUUGGCUUGGACUUUGUUGUAUAUUUCAAAACUUUCAUGGAUCAAGUCACAAAAUUCGCCAAGCUAAAUUAAAAAAACAACAAAAUCAAAGGAAGUUGCAAAUGCCAGGCAAAGGUUCGUUAAAAAUAAGGAAAUCCUUUACCUCCUCUUCAUACUCUCCACAAAAAAAUUCUCUCGGAACUAAGUUUUACAAGUUAAAGCCAACUUCUGGGAAUUGGAAACGUUAAAGGAAAACACCCGCACUUAAAGUGGGGUCUGAGAUUAGGAGCUUGCCGGAGGAGUUGAAAAGCUUAAUUGGAAAAUAUCUACAAAAAUUAAGAUGAUGUCCGACUCCGAGUCCUGCGGCUGCUAAGUCCCCAGACCAGACUUGUUCUAUUCGUCGAGGGUAUCGCCUGCCGAGGAGUAGGAAUCUCGCCCCAGGAGAGAGAGUGAAUCUCGCUUGCAUUCACACCAUGUAUCCGGCCAGCGGCAGUGGAGGAGGUAGUGCAGCCACGGCUGCCAAGUUCCAGAAUCGCUGCGGAUCGCCGCAGUUUGCCAACGAGUAUCCGCAUCCACAUCCGCACCAGCAUCCGCAUUCGCAUCAGCACCAAACGCAGACCACGGCGGUGGCAGUGCACAGUGCUCCGUCGGGAGGAGGAGUGCCCAGCAGCAGUGGUGGCGGCGGCGGCGGUGGCUCCAUGUCGAUGCGACAUGGCCAGCGAAUGGUGGCCUCGCACCAGCAUCCCGGCAACCAGAUGUCCCUGAAUCAUGGCCACGGGCCACUGGGUCACAGCCAUGGCAUGGGCCAUGGCCAUGGCCAUGCGGCAGCCACCUUGGGGCAUCCGCAUCCGCAUCAGCACAGCGGCAGCAGCAGCAGUGGCAACAGCAAUAGCCACAGCCACAGCCACAUCGGUUCGCAUCUGAUCUUCCCCGACGACAUGGACAGCAUUGAGUUCUGCAUGCCGGCGCCGCCCUCGUCCUCAUCCUCCUCCUCGCAACAGAAUGGCAUGGGGAUUGGGAUCGGGCUAGGGAUGGGCGAUCAGCUGCUCAUGGGCAGCAAUCACGGCGAGGCGUUCACGGAGCGCCGUCGAAGGGGUCACAGUCGGCGGAGCAAUCACAAGAUGGAUGUGGAGCAGCAGGUGAAAUGGUCCCGCAAAAAUAUUGCCGCCACCAUGGAACGCUUUGAACCGACACCCAACACCCAGUCCUCGUCGUCCACCUCGUCACUGGACUACGGAUUCGCUGCCGGCGUUAUGACGCCCAGCAGCAGCAGUGCCACGCCCUCGCAUGGCGGUGGUGCCUCCAAUCCUUCGCUGCAUGUGGCCUUCAAUGGCGGGGGCAGUUCAGCGAGUGGCGGCGGCGGCGGCGGUGCCGUUGGUGGCUCUAACUCUGGUGGUGCCAGUGGCUCGGGGGCAGCUGCUCCGUCGGCGCCAUUUAACCAUGUCUACUCGUAUGCCUACUAUGAACCAGGCGCCGCCAAAUGCCACACAAAUGUGCCCGCCCAGGGAUCGGGAUCUAGCUCAGGUUCCGGUUCCGGUUCGGGUUCCGUUUCCGCCUCCGGUUCGGGUUCGGGAUCAGGCCAGGCCCAGGGCCACUCAAAGAGUCCGCCCCGAAACUCCAUACGCGCCCUGCUGGCCAAGAGCUUCCGCUCGAAGAGCAGCUCCACCCACGGCGGCCAGUCCACCUCCAGUUCGCCCAGCGCCGAGGAGCGGGACCGUCACACAUACACCACGCGCUACGGGACCACCGAGAAUCUGUACGAGGAGGUUAGCGAGCAGAAGAUCCGCAAGGUGCUCUCGGACAACCGAAUUGCCAGCGGCUCCAGUGCGGGCAACGUUAAGGAGGAGCAGCGACGCGUCCAGCACAAUCAUUUCCGGGUGCUGGACGAGCUGAAUCUCUCGCUGGAGGCGUUAAUUAUGCCGCCCACGCCGCCGGAUGUGAGUCCCAGCCAUGUCCUAGGCGAGGAUGAGCCAAGCAACACGGCAUCUAAUCUGGUAACUGGCUCUGGUGGCUCUGGAGCGGUGGGCGGCGGAUCUGCAGCAUCUCAGAUGGUAGCAGCGGCGGCGGCGGCGUCAGCGUCGUCGGGAACCUCGAAAACAGCCCAGAGGCCCAGGCGCGGCGGUCUUCUUGGCGGAGCAGCCAACUCUGGCAAUUCGCACACCUCCAGCUCCGCCUCGCAUGCCAGCCUGGAGAAUCUGUCGAGCACGCUGAACAGCAUGGAGCUGAAGGAUCAUGGCCACAGCAGCUGCAUCAAUCCGGAGUUCGAUGAGGGCGACCUGGACUCCGGCUUCAGUGGCAGCGGCAGCAGCAGCGGGGCCAGUUACAACGAGAGCCUGCGCUACUACAAGUCGGCCACGCCCACUGGCCACCAGAUGCACCAUCACCAGAUGCAAAUGCAUCAGCAUCAGCAUCAGAUGCAGCUCCAUCAGCAUCACCAGAUGCAGGCCGGUCACCACAACAACAACAAUAACAACAACAACAACACGUUGCCCCACAAUCUGCGCAGCUGCCGCUCCUCAACGGCCUCGGGCACCUCGACCUCCAAGAGCAGCAUGGCCAGCUGUGGCGAGGAUCAGGGCAUUGGCAUGACCUUGGCCGUGGGCAGUGCCCAGGAUGGCAAUGGUUCCCUGUCACCCUUUAGCUAUCCGCGACGCUGUUCGGCGGACCAGCAGCGAGCCUCUGGCAGAUCAAUGACCUCCGGCGGAGUUGGAGUAGGAGGCGGCAGCGGUGUAGGUGCUGCCGGAACAUGCAUGCCGAUGGGCAACAUGGUCAUGAGUGGCGGCAAUGGCAUGGCCAUGGGCAUGGGCAUGAGCAUGAGCAGUAGCAGUAAUGUGGCCCUUUCCACGGGAGCGAAACCCAAGAAGAACUUUUGGACCAUGAAACCGUGAUGCUACAAAAAGGCGCUGCGUCACAUUUGCAAGAAAUGGACUAUUGUUAUGGAAUACAAUACAAAGACUGCCUCAUGCCAUGCCAUCCACUAUUACCACCAACCCAAUAGCAGCAGCAGCUAUAGUAGCUAUAGUAGUCGUCGUCAUUAUCAGCAUCAGCAG